AAUCUUGAAGUGUUCGCUACAUACAGCACAGCCCGCAUAAGGAUAUCAUUCAGAGAGCAGAGCACGCCCCAUCCCAUCCUAGCACACUAUCAAGAUAUAUAUCAAUCUACUGUACAUCGAGAGUCUAAUCAAGUUCAACGAAAGGUGCCUAACAAUGCAACAUCAAUCAAUUCUCAUCACCACUUUCCUUCUCCUUCUUCCUCCCAAAAAUCCCCUGCAAUCCUUCCCUCUUCUCCUUCUCCUUCUCCUUCUCGCCAAUAGCGCUACUCUCAUCCUCCUUAUCAACCUUCCUCCUCCCGAUGGUUCCAAAGAAGCCGCUUCCGCUGCCACUUCCGCUCUUCAACUCCUCCUCGUCGUCGUCCUCGUUCUUCUUCCCGCGUCCAAAGAAACCGGACUUGUCUUUCCACGGCAGGGGGGACACGCCGCCUAUCCCACCGCCACCACCACCCGCACUGCCAAUGAGUGGAGUGGACAUGGUGCUCGUAACGAGACCUUCCUCACCAUCCUCAACGUCGCUGUCUUUGUUCUUCCAGGAAAAGAAGCCCCCGUCCUUUUUCCAUGCGGACGAGAUGUUGAAUUUGCUUGUGCUGCCCUUCUUGCUAAGCGCUGAGAAUCUGGACAGCAGUGAGUCCUUUGGUGUGUCAGAUACGUUCGAGGUAUUGGAUGUAUCCGUAUUGAUGGAUAUGGCGGAAGAUGCAUUCUCCUCUUUUAGCGCCGCAGGGGCUUCAAAGGUUGGCGCCGCGGGGUUCAGUCUUGGAGUCGCCGGACGCGCGGACUGGUAGGGCAGGUGGGAGAGUGAGAGGCCGGUUGUUGUUGUUGUGCUUGCGUUGGGCGAGACGGGCCGGCCCGGGCUUGGCCGACUGGAUGAAAAGUCGGACCAGCGGCCCCCUAGUAGGCUCACGCGGUUCCGAGGUUGCUCAAUGGCUGGCGGCGCAGCGGGCCAGCCGAAAGCCGCAGAGACGUCAGAGGAUGGUGCAGGAAGGAGGUUAUCGAAGGAGGCGAUCGAGGAAGGGCGGGGUGAUACGGUGGUGUCAAAGAGCUUGCCGGGCUCUAUGGGAUCGAAGCUGGGACUGAAGUGGUUGAAACCGGAGCGCCGGCUACUGCUACUGUCGGCCCUCUCGAGGGGCUUCUUACGUCCGCCGUGGAGGAAUUCCAGGCCCGCCGUCCAGCCUCCGUAAGAACCACUGCGUCUUCUUGUGCCAAUCGGAUCCAGGCCAGGUGGAUGUGGACUCUUCGGGAAUGAAUGGGAUUCGUUCGGUUUCAACGACCCAAGUAGUGGCCCACUGUCUAGCGGAAUAGUCUUGCCGCGUUGGCGGUUGAACCCUCCGGAGAACAACUUGACGAAACGUCGGCCACCUGAAAUGCUCCCUUCUUCACUCGGGCCCAGCUGGCCCAGCCCACUACCAAGAAGUGAUAUGCUAUUGUCAUGCUCAGCGCCACCCGGGCUACCAUCCGAAGACAUGUUUGGAAACAUGGGGAUGUGGUGAAAACUACUUCGGGGAGAUGAAACGUGGGAAGUGGAUACCGAGCCCGACGACAUGGGUGAUUGAGAAGCAAUGAAGCCAAGCGGGUCGGCACCAGAAUGCCGAGAUUGGCCAUCUUCAAGGAAUGAAGCACUGCCUUUAGGACUGGGUGGAGAGUCCUCGAAUGCAAAUAGGUUGGACGGCAGCAGCGAAUUUGCAGUAGGACUCAUAGGCGCACCUCCGCCCAUUCUAUC